UUUCCUUUACUAUUUUAUUUAAGAUAGUUUAAUUGCCAUUAUAAAAUUUUGAUUUAUGAGUAGAAUCAAUAUAUGAUGCAUAAUUUCUAGAAUAGAGGUGACCCAAAAGGGCCACCCCAAAAAACAGAGGAACGAACAUCUUUAAAUAAGUAACAAAAAAUUCAUUUUUCAAUGGAACUUCAAAAAUUUGAAAUGGAAGGUUAUGAAGUUAUUGAAUCAUAAUUUUUUUUAAAAAAAUGUUUAUAAGAAUACAUUUCCAAAGGUUAAUUUUACAUUAAGAUAUCGAUUCUCGUGUGGAUCUUCUUCAAUGCGGUAGACGUAACAUUGUUUAUUUUUUAAUGAACAGUCCAUAUAAUAUAUGAGUCAUAUCAUAAAAUUAUAAGAACUUUCCAUUGAUACAAAUAUGAGACUCGUGCACGUGGUGUGUGUACGCAUGUUUUGCUUAAAUUUUCUUCGAGAAUUAAACUAAAACACUGUCCCACUAUCCCAUGACGACAGUUUAUAUUUGGGAGGGGACUGACCGGUUGGCAACCGGAUCAUUGUGACAUUGAGGAGGUUUUACCUUUAAGCAACAUAGUAACAAUAGGACUAGUGGGUGGCUGGUGAUCUUUUGACAUCCGGGAAAUGAUCAGUAAAACACAUUUUUAAUCAUAAACAUAUUCAUACACAUAUGUGUUACAUAUUCAAACUCCCGUGCUUUGAAUACUGUACUCGUGUGCAUGAAACAAUAGUCAUAGAAAUGACAAUAAUGAUUGUAAAAAACAAGUAAUUCAUAAUUCAGAAUCAUGAACGCCAGUGUACUUGUUUGGAACGAAGGGAUAGCGAUGAAGUUAUUGCCCAACAAUCUUAUACUAAUUGUUUAUAUGAUAAUAGGAUUUUGUGGAAAUGGUUUUGUCAUAUUUACUUACCUUUGUUCAAAACUCUGGCAAGAAGAGGAAAGAUACUUUAUACCUUACCUAAGUGCUGCUGAUCUUUUCGCGUGUCUUGUUUGUGCAUCUUUUGGAAUCAUUCUGAACUUGAAUCAAGUAACCUUUGAUGACCCGGUGCUGUGCAAAACUUGGUGGUUCUUCGCAGGAUUUACAACUCUUCUGUCCACCUUCUACCUGGUAGUCAUUGCUUUCCAAAGACUGAGGAAGCUCUGUCCAUCGGAACGUAAUGUCGCCAUGGAUUUAAGCCGCAGACGACUCACUGUUAUAUUUUUGGCGGCCGGAUCCCUUCUCCUCUCUCUUCCCAUGCCUUACUUCUAUGGAUCUGUUCCAUUUAGUGACGUCAGAAGAAACUUAACUGGUCAGCGUUGUAGUCGACUAUAUGACGUGAACAGAACGUUUUCGUUGAUGUAUGGCUCAGUUUUAGUGGUUGUCGCACUGACAAUCAUUACCUCUUUAUCUGUUGUAUACUUUAAAAUCGGUUAUGUUGUUAGUGUACAACUGAAAAACUUAAAACGCAAUAGUUCUUCAGCCACGAGAAACAAAAAUAUUGUUAUCAAAUUAUCCCUUAUGUUUAUGUUAAUUACUGUAAUUUUCUUGAUAUGCUACAUCCCAAAAGUAACUAUUAUGUUGCUGGAAGCAAAUUCUCCGAUGUUUUGGGAGGAACUUUCUGAUGAUACCAGACCUUUUGUACUUUUUAUAUACAGAAUGUUCAUUAUUAACAACAUUGCCAAUCCUUUCAUAUAUGCCUUCUUGGACAAAGCAUUUCUUUCCAAUUUGAAAACUCUUCUUUGUUGUUAAGAGCCUUCUAAUGGUAAAUGCAAUAUACCAAAAUCAAGACCAUAGGUCUUUUAAUGUUAUUUUAUAUAUAAUGUCAUAAUAUUGUUAUAAUUAUAAUGGUAAUACAAAAGUUUAAAUUUUAAUGAAUAUCAAAACAAAUUUAAAUUGAAUUUUCUGAAUUAAAGAAGUUUUUUUUAUAAAUAUCAAAUGUAAUGAUGCAUUUUAUGUUAAGAUAAUUAUAUACUUAAAACGUUUAAGUAUUUAUCAAGUGCAGCAGUAUUUUAUUAAUUAUUUCACAGUGUUUUCAGAAAACCAAUUAACCACUACAUGCAUCUCAGGAAAUGUUUCGCCUAACCCACUUAGAGGGAAGAUAAAAUACAAAUAAUGAGAGUUUAUCAUAAGAUCAACACCCAUUAUAGGGCUAUAAAUCACAAGACUAUUAAUAAGCACCUUGGUCAUCACCCACUCCUACAUGAGUAUUCUGUUCCUUAGCAUCGGCCUUACAUUUCCGUAAAAGUUUAAGUACAGUCAGAGGAAAGUUGUAUAGCUUUGUUUCACUAUGUUUUGUAAUAUUUAUUAUAAAUGAUUCAGAAAAAUGUAAAAAUAAAAGACAAAGAAAAACAGGAGAUCAUGUUCAUUGACUUAGGCUAACUUUUACCAAAUUUUCAAUUUUUUAAUCUAAAUUAAACCUGAAGUCUUAGAAAAAAUGUGGACAAAAUUCUCAUUAAAAAUAUAUUAAGGAGGCUAGGGGUCAAAAUAUACGGUAAUAUGAUAUAAAAACCAUCAGAUUUAGCUGAAAAUUUUAUAUGUGUUUUCUGAAGUUGUCAACUACUCUUUAGUAAAGAAAAAUUUCAUAUAUUUUAAUAUAAAAUUUGAUCAUUUUCCAUUAUCUUUAUAUGGAGCUCUUCUUUAAAAGGAGGUCAAUAUUGUCUAAAAUGGCAGCCACCCCCCCAGCCCCCCUUAAUAUUUGUUUUGCAAACUUUAAAACAAUAGAAUCAGUAGACGCAAACCCGAUUGAACCCCCACAAAAGAAACUUAUUGUUAUGCAUCAUCAUUUUAAUUUUUGAUUUACUGGGUAAAAUGUAAAAUGUACUAUUUUGCUUUGAAACGCAGGGACCUUUUUAGUCCUUUUAACAAAAUAAACUGAAAAUAAAGAUUUGUACCAAAGGAUUGGUGAUACACACUUUGGGAUUUAAUCAUACAUUCAUGAAAUAGGUAGUUUCCCAAUCUACGUGGGUAAACAAGUACAUUUUCACUUUUUCAGAAAGCAAAAUAACAUCCGUAAUAAUAUCCUUUGCCAUUGACAAUAAUACUUAUAACCAAGACUCGAUGUAGAAAAACCUCUUUUAUACAUACUUACAGUAAGCUAGUCUGAUAAACAACUGUUUAAAUUCAUUACGUGCAGCCCUUCCUUGCUAAGAUGUUCCUCGACUUUCGAUGGCUACUGUUAACCAAUAAAAACACCC